UUAAAUAAAAAAAAUUAAAUAAUUCAACUCCCUCUUUAAAUCUCAAAAUCAUCAUCAAUCGCCCUCCCUAGCAUUCACAAAUGCAGUCACUCCUUUUGCUUCUGCUCUUUCUUCUUCUCAUUAUACUCUCCAAGUUCCUACUCUCAUGCAUAUUCAUUCCAUGGAGAAUCCAAAACCACUUCAAAAGGCAAGGCAUAUCGGGCCCUGGUUACCGUCCGAUUUUCGGCAACACAGCCGAGAUCCGCCGUCUAUUUGCAGAAGCCCAAUCAAAGACAACUUCAUUCAAUCAUGAUAUCCUUCACAGAGUGGUUCCAUUUUAUUUCGUGUGGUCACGACUGUAUGGGAAUACGUUUCUCUACUGGUUUGGAUCCAGACCCAGAUUGGCCACAUUCGACCCGGAUCUCGUCAAGGAGGUUUUAAUGAAUUCGAGCGGGGUGUUUGGCAAGGUUGACUUCAACCCUUUGUCAAAGCUGCUCUUUGGAGAGGGACUUGUUGGGCUUGAUGGUGAUAAAUGGGCUCUUCAUAGAAGGAUCGUAAACCGGGCUUUUAGCGGGGAGCGAGUUAAGAGUUGGGUGCCAGACAUUGUAGCUAGUACUACAAAAAUGCUGGAUAAGUGGGAAGAAAUGAGAGGAGGAAGAGAGGAGAUGGAGAUAGAUGUGUUCAAAGAACUCCAUGAUCUCUUUGCGGACUUGAUUUCCAGAACAGCUUUUGGGAGUAGUUACGAAGAAGGAAAGCGAAUUUUCGCAUUACAAGAGCAGCAAAUGCACUUGUUCUCACAAGCUGCAAGAAAUAUAUACAUUCCAGGCUUCAGGUUUUUGCCUACAAAGAAGAACAGACAGAGGUGGAGAUUGGACAGGGAAACUCGUGAAUCGAUAUGGGCACUAAUCAAAACAAACAACAUAGUAGAAUCGAAUUCGAGGAAUCUACUUAGUCUCCUUAUGUCCGCUUAUAAGAAUCAGGAUGGUGUGGAGGAGACAUUGUCUAUAGAAGAAGUAAUAGACGAAUGCAAGACCUUUUAUUUUGCAGGAAAGGAAACAACUGCCAAUCUCAUGGUUUGGACACUAAUCCUCUUGGCAUUGAACCAAGAUUGGCAAAAUAAGGCACGAGAAGAAAUCGUUCGCGUUUGUGGAGAUCAAGGGAUUCCAGUAGCAGAGAAUUUAAAUGAUCUCAAGAUUGUGACCAUGAUACUGAACGAAACGCUUCGACUAUACCCACCAGCUAUCAUGUUGACUAGGCAAGCGUUAAGGAAUGUUAAGUUGGGGAAUCUUGACAUUCCUGCCAAAACGCAGUUGUUUUUGCCCUUGCCUGCUUUACAUCAUGACACUAACAUAUGGGGGGAAGAUGCGAACAAUUUCAAUCCGCGGAGAUUUUCAGAGCCUAGGAAACACAUGGCUUCAUUUUUCCCAUUCGGGUUAGGUCCUAAAAAUUGUGUUGGUCAAACACUAGCCAUGGCGAAGGCGAGAACUGUCUUGGCUAUGAUCAUCAAGGAGUAUUCGUUUGUGGUAUCACCUACUUAUGUUCAUUCCCCAAUGUUGUUUGUAAGCUUGCAGCCCCAAUAUGGAGCACAAAUCCUCUUUAGCAAGAUUGGGGAUUGAGGAUUGUGUUGCUGUGGUGUAAGGUUACUUUAUUCUUUGUAAUUCAUUAGGAAUGGACUAGCUGAUUGCUAUUUGGCA